CCCGUGGGCUCGUGUCUUCUUGUCUGGCUAAUGAUACACCGAGAGACGAUGCGUCCAGAGUUUAUUUAUGUAGUCUAGACUUGUGACCUCAGUUCUCCAAAUGGAAGAGACACAAGAGAGCUUAGUGUUUAAAGGCGUUGCCGAAAGGCUGACACUUGGCAUCACUCGUAUACUUGAGAACAUGCCUGGUGUGGUGGAUGUGCGGUUUGUGGAGAGGGAACCUGCAGAAAAAAGAUGUCUGCUGUCCUGGGAGCAGAAGAACACCUGCAUUCUGCCAGAAGACCUGCGAGAUUUUUAUCUGACGACUGAUGGCUUUACUCUUACCUGGAAUGUUAAACUAGACGGUGAAUGUGUUUCUUUAGGUUGCAUGAUGAUUAACAGCAUGGCUGAGCUUUGCCCACUGGUCCGGCCAGUUUCACCUUUCUCUCUCCCCAGUGCGCCCACUCUGGCUGAUCUGGAUUGGGAGGAGAACAGCACAGAAUGUGAGUCAGAAAUUGCUCCAUUUGCACCCCAUUUUGAUUCCCAGAGCCGCAUCUUUGAGCUAGAUUCCUGUGGUGGGAAUGGAAAAGUGUGUCUGGUCUACAAGAAAUGCAACCCAGGUGUGGUAGCCCAGCAGAGUGAAAUCUGGUUCUUGGACCGCUCGCUGUGCUGGCAUUUUCUAACAAAAACCUUCACUUCCUACUACCGACUGAUGAUCACCCAUCUGGGUUUGCCUGAGUGGCAGUAUGCCUUCACCCCAUAUGGCCCCGGCCCCCAGGCCAAGCAGUGGGCAUCCCUAUAUCAGCCCUUGAUCUUCAGUUCGGAACUGACUCUGGCUGAUCCUGCUGGGGAUUCCCACCUGAACCAGUUAGACCCCACCAAGGCCUUUAAGGGCAAAGCCAAGGUGCUUGCGCCCAAGAAGAAGCAGUCACCACAGUGUAGUGUAAGCAGUGCUCCCAAGAACCAAAGCAGCAUAAGUAGAAAUAGUGGGACAAAGCGGUGAAAAGGAUUCCAUCCAUGGAGGACACGUCCAUCACCUCUUCUGACAGUGCAACCAAAAAUACCUUGAAACGGUGAGCAAAUCGUCCAAUGGCUGUCCUGUGAGAGACUGCAGCUCUGAGCCCCACUACUGCAUGCUGUUGAUAACUGAGGUCUAUAUAGAUCUUUAACCACCAUUUUCUCUGGCUCAGCACGAAGUUAACAUGUUGAUCAAUGAAGGAGAUUGCACUGACUUUGAUUAUUUGAAUUUGAAGCUGUAAUGACAGUAAUGCAGCCUGUUCCAAUAACACAUUUAUUUGGCCUGCCUUCGAAGAGUCAGUUCAGCAUUUCAGUACGCACCGUGCAUGCUGGGUUCAAAGUUCAUGACUACCCAAAA